GUGAAAUGUCAUUUCGGGUCGGAAUGACGUUUGGCAGCUGUCAUUCCACCCGCUGUCAAGCUGCUCACCAACACCAACACAAACCGAUGCUGGAAUUCGCGCGUUUUGAUCAGGGUUUUAAAAAUAUUGCCCAGCAUCAACCAAACCUUUUCCACAAUUUAAUUGAAGAAAAUCGACACAUUCGUCCAUUAGUACACGAUGUCCGUCGCGGAAACAGUGACCCGUAACCAGGCAACAUCGCAGCAACGGUGUCUGCAAGUGGCGAACCAGCAAACAAACCCACUGGCGGAAUUUCCCGAAUUCCUAAGCUUCAACCCGGACGGAACUGACCUACAGCUAAAGCUGCAAUGUAAGCGAAAGGCGGACAUGGAUCCAAAGCUGCUCAAGUGGGCCUUCAAGCUAGCCGAACGCAACGUAGGACCACAGUACCGGGCGUGCAGUUUGGGCUGGCAGCCAAAGAUUAAGCAAGCGGAUCUGAACAAACCAUGGGCCCGGUACCUGGUAGCGACCGAUGUGACGACCAAGAAACCGGCCGCAUACACCAUGUUUCGCUUCGAUCUGGACUACGGCCGUAGCGUGCUCUACUGCUACGAGCUACAGGUGGAGGCCGAAUUUCAACGCAAAGGGCUCGGCGCAUUCAUGAUGAAGGCGCUGGAACAGAUGGCACGACACUUUUCCAUGGAGCGUGUUGUGCUGACGGUGCUGAAGAACAACGAGGAUGGAAUGCGCUUUUACCGACGGUUGGGCUAUGACGUUGAUGAAAUGUCUCCGGACAAGGAGGAAAAUGCGGCGUACGAGAUAAUGAGCAAAGCAAUGUUUUAAGUAGUGGAUCUGACUCUCAUUUAUUCAAAAAGACGGUAAAAAUACAUCUUCAAGACUGCUAUACAAAAUGCCUAAAAUGGGUUUAGCGUUUAAA